AUGGCAACAAAUAAAUGUUAUUUUAUAUUAUUAUUGAUGAUUAUAUUCAUGUUAAACAAAAUCAAUAGUCAAACAUUAUCAACUGUAUCAUGUAAACCUGUUUUAAAUUAUUAUUUUAAAUAUUUAACUAAUCCACUUCCCGGUACAAAUCGUUAUUUAAACAUUCAAGCUACAUUUAUAUUACAAAAUAGAUAUGUCGCAUAUUAUACUGGAUCUCUUUAUUAUGUUAAAGCAUCUGAUAUAAUAAGUGGUAAAGUAACUGUAUCAUUUAGUGAUCGAACAUGGACUCCACCAUGUAGUUUACUUUUUUGUCCAUUUCAAAAUUUUAAUUAUGAAAACACUGAUACACAAACUAUUACAAUUAAUAGACUCGGUGCUAUUAGAUAUAUUUUAAAUAGUUGGGGUAAUACAAUAUUUAAAGAUCAAUUACAAUGUUAUGGUAUAAAUGAACCACUUUAUACAGCACCAACAAAACAAUCAGCAUCUAUGUUUGUAAUGACAUUACAAAAAGCAGAAUAUACUAUACCAAAAUAA